UCAUUCCGCGCCUAUCAAUAUCAUUAAUUCUUUGUCACAACACAACAUCGCAGGAAAUAAAACUGAUAUGCGUCUCCACUCUGAUUCUGCAACAGAUGUUGCAACUGCAUCUAACUUUAGAGAAAUUAAAGUAUCUGGUUACCAUUUUGAUUUUGAUGUCGAUUUUGAUAGGAGAGAAAUAAAAGGUCAAGAAGUUUUAAGUUGUUCCUUGGUUUCCUCAGCUGAGAAGAAGACAAAAGAAGUCAUUCUUGAUGUUCACCAAACUUUACAAGUCAUUAGAGUUGGUCUGCAACAAAAUGAUACAGACUUGAAAUUUGAGAUCAAACCAUUUACAGACUAUGGAACUGCACUACAUAUACAGAUUCCUGAAAGUAAGUUAGAUGGAAGUGAGUUUAAACUAUGGAUAAGUUUUAUAGCAACUGGUGGUACAGGUGUUUGUUGGUUAGAUCCUCUUCAAACAGCAGGGAAAGUGAAGCCAUAUUUGUAUACUCAAGGACAAGCAGCAUGUAACAGAUCUUUCUUUCCCUGUCAAGAUACUCCUGCUGUUAAAACUCCAUAUACUGCUAAUGUUAAGAUUCCUGAAGGAUUUACAGCAGUAAUGAGUGCUAGUGAAAGUAGUUAUGGAAAUGUUCCUAACCUAACAGGCAAUAAAAAUACAUAUUACUUUAGUCUCAAACAACCAGUUCAAUGUUAUUUAAUAGCUUUAGCAGUAGGUGAUAUCCAGUCUGCUAAUAUUGGUCCUCGAAGUAAAGUUUGGGCAGAACCAAGUGUUUUGGAAAAGGCUAAGAAUGAAUUUAAUGGAGUAGUAGAAGAGUUUAUUAACACUGGAGAAAGGUUAUUUGGACCCUAUGUUUGGGAUAAAUAUGAUAUUUUGAUCAUGCCUCCUAGUUUUCCAUUUGGUGGAAUGGAGAACCCAUGUUUGACCUUUGUUACACCUUGUUUACUAGUGGGAGAUAAAUCAUUAACUGAUGUUGUUAUACAUGAAAUAACUCAUAGUUGGUUUGGUAAUUUGGUAACUAAUGCUACUUGGAGUGAAUUCUGGUUAAAUGAGGGUUUUACUAUGUUUGGUCAAAGAAGAAUUAUGGAAGAGAUAUUUGGUAAAGCUUAUACAUGUUUAGAAGCUCAAUGUGGUCUAGCUUUAUUAAAACAACAUAUAGAUGACAGUGGACAGGAUCACCCUCUAAAUCGUUUAAGAGUUGUUAUUGAACCUGGAGUAGAUCCUGAUGAUACCUAUAAUGAAACACCAUAUGAAAAAGGUUAUAGUUUUGUUUGUUAUUUACAACAUAUGGUUGGUGAUGUCCAUAAAUUUGAUGAUUUUCUGAAAAGUUAUGUUGACAAGUAUAAAUUCAAGAGUGUUGUAGCAGAAGACAUGUUUGAUUAUUAUGUUGAAUAUUUUCCUGAAUUAAAAGGAAAGAUUGAUUUUGAUGCCUGGUUGAAUGUACCAGGAUGGCCUACCUAUGUUCCAGAUUUAUCAGCUGGUCAAGAACUAACUGAACCUGCUGAAAAGUUAGCUGCUGUUUUAGCUGGUGAAAGUAAUGAAACAGUAGAUAGAAAUAUUGAAGCGUGGAAAACCUACCAGAUAUUUCAUCUAUUAGAUAAAUUAUUAGAACGAUCACAUAUAUCUCAUGAUCGCUUACAAUUUAUUAGUAAAACUUACCCAAACAUAUCACAGUCACAAAAUUCUGAGAUAUUAUUACGUUGGGGUCAAAUAGUUAUUAAAAAUGAUUUUCAACCUGCUUUCCCAACAGUUAGAAACUUUUUAAACAGUCAAGGUAAACAGAAAUAUACAUUACCAAUUUAUAAAGCUUUGGUGAAAGGUAGCGAAACAGCUCAGAAUCUAGCUACUACAAUAUUUAAUGAAACACAGGAUACUUUACAUAUUAAUGUUAGAAAUUAUGUUCAGAAGAUAUUAGCUGGGAACUAACUAUAGACAUUUAGAAAAACAACUAACUUGGCUUACUUACUCUAUGCACGUUUCUAUGCACAAUAUUUUUUAGUAUGUAUUUCCUUAAUGCUUUUUUUACCACUACUAAGUUUCUUGUCAGAGCAAACCUUCAAAUAUACAUAAAGUGGGCUGGUAAAUGGAAGUGAGAGGCGACUGGUGUAUCUCUUGUAAGAUAGAUAGGUUCACCUUUUUAGCAUUAGCUUUGGCAGACUAGUUGGUGGGAAAUUAGACUCUUUGACUUUUAGCCGGUGGAUGGUUAUAGAUCCUGAGUUUUAAAAGGGAAUCAUAUCUGCCUGCAGGGGUCACGAAAUUAGCCAUAACUUCAUAUACACCUUUAUGUCACAAUCGGGUAUCCAACGUCAAAGUUACCAUUAGGCCUACUCAUAUUUCUCAGAGUUUCUCUUAACCCAGAUCAACCCUGGUAACCCUGAUACAUUCUAACCCCGGCAACCCCAGUAAAACUCACAUCCUAGUAUCUUGAACAGGUGUCCCUGAACAGUAUGAAUAGAACCCUACAAGGUGAGUCUAAUCAGUCUGAAGAGUUCAAACACGAACGAAACUAGUCACUGAUAAUCAGAGAUAACUGGUCACAUGGCCAAUCUUUAUCUCUUAUGCUUGUAAAUGAUUUUUUGUUCAAUGCUGUAGAAAGAAAACCACCUUAAAAUCAUCUCAGAUGACAUUCAGAUACAUUCAGAAUAAAAUGGCCGUCCUAUUGUUGGUUAUUUGUCAAUUUAUUGUAUUACUAUACAAGGAUUAUUUUUUUUAGUAUAUAAUAAAUAUUUUUCUAUUAAUUUGAAA